GUCCCUGGACUGGUUUUGGGGUCUCUGGGCUGGGUUUGGGGUCCCUGGACUGGUUUAGGAGUCCCUGGGUUGGGUUUGGGGUCCCUGGACUGGUUUUGGUGCCCCCAUACUGGUUUUGGGGUCCCCGGACAGGUUUGGGGGAUCCCUGGGUGCGCCUCACUCCUGGCCCCCAUUUUUAGGAACUCCCCAUCCCAUCCCCCACCCCAUUUCUCCCACAGCUUCCCCACGGGCGGCGCCGCCGACGGGAAAACCGGAAUUCCGGAACCUUCCCCGAUCGGCCGCCAUGGCUCCGUCGCGCAGCCGCUCCACCCAAAUCCCGCCGUGCAUCCCCAAGCGCCAACUCCCGCCCGGAUAUUCGGAUUCUCUCCUCUUCCUCUGCGCCCGCCGCAUCGUGGCCCACCACCCGCUGCCCGUCCUGCCCGCGCUCCCCGCCCACCUCUACCCCAUCCUCUUCCAAGCGGCGUUCCUGGACGGGCGGCCCCUGGUCCUGCGCGAUCUGGUGGCCGCGUGGCCUUUCCCGGUGCUCAACUUCCAGCGGCUCGUGGGGCGCCGCGAGCUGCUGCGGGACCAUCCCUGCAAGCUCUGCGUCCAGGCCGUCAUCCUGGCCGUGGUGGCGCAGCUGCGGCGGCAGCUGGAAGAGCCCGGACACGACGCCAGCGGGUGCCGCCUUCGCGUGCUGGACGUGACGGGAGUUCCAGACGAUCCAGCCGGCCGCGCUCCGGACGGGAUGAGCGUCUGGUCCGGCACGGUGGCUUUGGCCAAGGCUUGCGUGGAGGUGUCCAAGCACCAGCGGGAAUUCCAGAGGCGCGGAACCAAGCGGCACAAAGGCCGCUCCGGAGCCGCCACGGCCGCGGCCGCUCCGCAGCCCCCGGGCGUGGACGUCCACGCCGACCUGUUCGUCAACGGAACGUCCUACGGGAUCCUGCGCGACGCGCUCCAGACCGGAGCCGCCGGCCCGCUGCGCCUCAAGUGCCGCGAGUUCCAAGCGGAAAAGCUCUCCCUGGCCGGAAUCGUGAGCCUGCUGGAAACUCUGGAUCCCUCCUGCGUGCGGAGGGUGGAUCUGCGCUUCCGGAAUUUGGGAUUGACCGGGCUCUCGGUGAUCCUGCCGCACCUCUCGCGCUUCCCGGAGCUGCGCAGCCUCAAGCUCCAGUACAGCAACGUGGACGUGCGGCGCCCGACGCCGGAAUCGGCCAUCGGAAUCCGGUGCCUGGCCGGGCAGCUGGGAAUGCUGCCCAGCCCAAGG